AGAGCGCUAUUAACUAUUAACGGAGUGUGGUUAGACUAAAAGUGUGGAAUGAUUCUAAAUGAUGAAAGAAGAUCAAUACUUCCCAAGUUAAAGUUUUCUUAUUAACUUUUCUAAUCUAAAGAGUUGUGGACAUUACUUCACUAAACAAUGUACUAAUCUCUACCUUGCACAGUGUACAGUGUACAGUUCAGAGUGUACAGUGUACAGUUCAGAGUGUACAGUGUACAGUUCAGAGUGUACAGUGUACAGUUCAGAGUGUACAAUGAUGAUGGCGCCGCAAAGCUGUACAUUAUAGAACAGUUUCAGUGCAAACAAAUCAAUGGUGUACAUGCAGUGUACAUAAAUGCAGUAAAAUCUGUACAUAAGUGAAAGAAAAAGAAAGUGAACAAAAUGGAUUCGAUCAGAGUUCUAAUAAAGCUGACACUUUUACUCUCAAGUUUAAAUAUUCAUGUGUUGUCUCGACAAAGUUUACGGGGCAAGGAGAACUAUCGACAGAUAGAAAAGCAGAUCCUGGACGAUAUUCUAGGGAAAGGUUACGACAAGCGGAUCCGUCCUUCGGGUAGAAAUUAUACAGUUGCUGGUGAUGGACCAACUCUGAUAAUGGUCAACUCUAUGAUUCGAUCCAUUUCAAAAAUAGACGAUUAUAAAAUGGUGAGUAAAGGGAGGGAAUGCAUCACAGGGCAUGCUGGUUACCGGCAUGCAUUCUUUGCUGAAUG